AUCAUAAAAAAAGAAAAAAUCUAAAAGACCAUCUUGAGAUAUAGUUGAUGAAAAUGAUGUGCACGCAGCUUUUAAUGCAGUUCUUGAUUGUCAAACUAUUAUACAUCUAAGAAUAAAUUUUAUGAUACUGUUAAGAUAUGUGGAAAAAAUAUAUAGAAGGAAAUUUUAAUUAAGCCUGAAAACAAUUUUCAAACCAAAUUUAGUUACAUAUGUAAAAUUUUAAUAAAUUUAAAUAACAUCAUUAUCAGACUAUCUUUUAAGAACUUAACCUCACUAGGUUGUCAAAACAACUGCACAAUAAUCAGUGAAAAUAUUUGCUGGUAAAGGAGGCAAGCAGCAAAUGUCUUUUAAAACAAACAUUCUUGAUCGGCCAUUAAGUAAAGGCAAAUAUGAAGUAAGUAUAAGUGCUUAUGGGUUAUUAUUUUCUGAAAUUGUUCAAUAUUGUCAAAGUCGAGUUUUUACAGUGACUGAACUUCAAGAUAAACUUGCAAGUUUUGGUAAGACUAUUGGAGUUAGAUUGAUUGAUACCUUAUCAAUACGUGAACGUGGCUUUCGGAGAGAGACACGUUUACUUAAUGUUUUGAUGUUUAUUCGAUCAAGCUUGUGGAAGACAUUGUUUGGGCGUGAAGCAGAUAAGCUGGAACAUGCUAAUGAUGAUGUAGGAACUUAUUAUAUUAUUGAAAAAGAAUCUCUUGUGAAUCGCUUUAUAUCAGUUCCUAAAGAUAAAGGUAGUUUAAACUGUGCUUCGUUUACUGCAGGAAUUUUAGAAGGAAUUUUUAAUGGUUGUGGUUUUCCAGCUACUGUUACAGUUCAUUGGCAUAAAGGAACAACUUUUUUAAUAAAGUUUGAUGACUCAGUUGUUGCUAGAGAAAAAGUAUUUGAUAAUAAAUAAUUUUUAUUCUAAAUAUUUUCUUACACAAAAACAAA